AUGUGCGACGUCGGGACGCAGGCGGAUCUGAGCGGCGACGACCGCAUGGACGGCUCGUUUGACGCGGAGACGUCGUGGGAGGACAGCCAGCUCUCUCGCGUGCUGCGGGGGGAGCCGAUGCUGUUGAUGCUGGACAAGCUGCCGGACGACGACAAGGCCCGCCUGGCCGCGACGUGCUGGGGCGCGCUGGAGACGGUGCUGCGGGACACACGCGCGGUGCUGCGGGUGCGCCCGGACGACUCAGUGCUGGCUGGUGUGGCAGCGCGGGUGACGGAGGGGCCGUGCGCGGGGUCGGUGACGGUGUGCGGGGUGCAGGUGGCGGCGACGGACGCGGGGGCGCUGCUUGCCGCGACGGAGGAUGUCGGCCUGCCUGUCGAUUACGACGGUGUCGAUUACCGCGACGGUGUGGGGUACAGAAGAAGCAUCGAGGAUUCAUAUCAGAUCAUGCGCGAUUGGGUGCUCAUGGUGAUGGUGGCGGCGGAGUCGGGCGCCGACGUGCGCGUGACGGGGCUGACCGUGCCCACCAUUGACGACCGUCUGGCGUUGGAAGGGUUCAACUACGAGGCGCGGGAGGUGGCCCAGGUCUUGCAGACGAGCAUGGUCAGGGAUAGCCUGCGCUCCCUGAAGCUGAGGGUGGGGGGUCGGGUCUUGGACGACGAGGUCAUCGAGGUGCUGCACGGCGCGCUGCGCGGUCUGUCGGCGCUGCAGCACCUGGAGCUAAGGAAUCCAUAUCCCAGUUGGGUGUGUCUGGUGGACCAGUACAGCAACCUGAAGACGCUCAAGCUGCGGCAGAUAUUUGAGCCACCGGGGUUCGGUCUGGGGGAGUGGGAGGCGUUUUUCGACGCUGUGGAGCGCGCCACCGGCCUGCGAAGCCUCAUGGUGGAGGUGGGGGUAGGAGAACGCGCCGAGAGCGCAGCGCUGCGGCCACGGGGCCUUCCGGCGGGGCUGGAGGAGCUGUACGUGAGCAUCACGCACCCGGUGCGCUGGUGGGAGGCCACGAACCUGCGCUCGCUCACGCUGCGGCACUUGACGCCCGAAGGACUCUUGCUCGGCCCGCCCGUCUGGGCGCGGCUCGCGGAGCUGCUCGGGCGCUGCAGGACGCUGCGGCGGCUCGUGAUCGACGACCUGACGGAGUACUUGAACGAGGGCGACGUGCUCGCGGUGCUUGCGGCGCUUGAGCGGAGCAGGGUGGAGGAGCUGGCGAUUUCCUUCCCGAUCGCCAGCCCGACGAGCGAGGAGUCGACGGAGGCUCUGACGGCCGCCCUUGCGUCCGUGCUUCGCAACGCCGCGCUGCGCGAUCUGACGAUAUCUGAGACGAAAUACACCGCCGUCCUCGGCUUUGACGGCUUCGCCGCUCCGGUGUUCACAGCGCUGCGCGACAGCACGGCGCUGCGCACGCUGCGGGUCCACUGGCGCGGCUCGACCUCACCCGGCCUCGGCGAGGCUCUGGGCGCCCUGCUGAGCAGCAGCACGUCGCUGGUGGAGCUGGAGGUGUCGUCUCUGGACUGGCGGUCGCCAGACACCAUGGACCCGUUCUGGCGCGGCCUGGGCGAGAACAGGACGCUGGAGGUGCUGCGGCUGGAUGAUAUGCGCGCUUACGUGAUGCUGGAAGACGAAGACUUGAGUCUGUUGUUGCGCGCUCUAUACGUCGACGGUCGCGACGAAGGCCGCCAGCUGCACACGCUCGAGAUCUGCGGCACUAGUGUCAGCGACCGCGGUGUCGAGUACAUCGCGGCUCUCCUGAGGGACCAGCGGUCGAGCAGGCUGCGAAGGGUGGCGUUGACUGAAGUCGGGGCUGGCGACAAGGGGGUGGAGGUCUUCGCGCGGGCGCUGCGGCGGAACUCCACGCUCAAGUCGCUGGAGCUGGACGCGAGGCACGCCACCGCAGUCGCGCUCGAGAGCUUGGCAGCAGCGCUGGCGGAGAAUACGACGUUGCAGCACGUGGACAUCCACACGUCCGGUGCUGACAUGCACAUCUCCACGCUGAAACUGGUCAGAUAG